AUGGCUGCAUUAGAAAAUAAAUCAAAGAAAAAUCGUACAGGUUAUUUGACAUCACCAACAAAUGUGAGUGCUGCUAAUCAUCUUUCGUAUUUAUUUCAAACAGCACAUACAGUUUUAUUAACAACUGCUGAUUUUAAUUUGGUACGACAUCUUAUUAAACAAAUACGUGUACAUGCUCAAAAGAAACAGAUUCGUUUACAUCCUGAGAUGAAACGAUUACUUUGUUCAUGCUGUAAUAUGAUUCUAUUGCCACCAUUGACGGCAAAAGUUCGUUUCAAUAAACGCAAAACAGGUAUUAUUGUAUCGUGUUCGACAUGUAGUCGUUCUCGUUACUAUCCUAAACAUAAUUCUUGGCCAACAGAACAUGGUGCUCAUAUACCAAGCGAUUGGCUUUUUAAUACUUUUUCUUCAUUAGAAAAAAAAUAA